AUGGCCAGGGCUGUCAGGUGUCUGCGGGAUUUGGGGGAAUUAGAAGGGCAAGAGUUGUCCAAGGAAGAAAAGCAGCGAUUGAGGAAGGAGAAGAAACAGCAGAAGAAAAACAGGAAGCAAGAUAAGACCACAGAUGGUGGUAAUUCUUUUUCGACAGAUGACCCAAAUAAACAGCAGCAACAGCAGAAAAUAGCAAAUACAACAUUAAAUGAAACGUUUGUCAAUAGUGAUAAAGUUUCAGCUGGGAAAAGCAAAGCUGAACUUCGAGCAGAAAGGAAAGCAAAGCUAGAAGACCGUUCAAAACAGUCCAAGAGAUCUGACCAGAGCCAGCCUGCUGCUUUAUUGAAGCCAAAAGUUGUAGCCAGUGAGCCUCAGCAAGUAAAGCGACUCCCAGAUCAUGUUCAGGCAGAUGACCCAGCAGCUCUCAAAAAACUGGCCAAAAAACUGGAGCGGCAACAGGUUCCACUUAGGCAAGAUUAUGGCAGCAAAGUCAUUCUCUUUUCACAUUUGCACCAAUACAGCCGUAAAUUGCCAUUGACGCAGCAGCUGACCAUCCCAUCGACUGUGCUUCACCCUGCUAUUGUACGUCUAGGAUUACAGUAUUCUCAGGGAAUUAUCGUAGGAUCUAAUGCACGAUGCAUAGCAUUACUACAUGCUUUUAAACAGGUCAUUCGUGACUACUCAACUCCGCCUAAUGAAGAGUUGUCAAGAGACUUGGUCAACAAACUGAAACCAGAUAUCAGUUUCCUGAACCAGUGCCGAUCACUCUCAACGAGUAUGGGCAAUGCUAUCAAAUUCGUUAAGAAGGAAAUCUCAAAUAUUUCUGCAAGCGUAAAGGAGGAUGAGGCAAAAGAAAUGCUAUUAAAUUGUAUAGAUAAAUACGUAAAUGAGAAGAUUCACCUGGCUGCUGAAGCCAUAUCAAAAUCAGCAUCGGAGAAAAUUAAUGAUGAUGAUGUAAUUCUGGUAUAUGGAUGUUCUUCUUUAGUGACCUCUAUCCUUUGUGAUGCACACAAGGCAAAGAAGUUCAAGGUGAUAGUGGUAGACAGCCGGCCUAAACUGGAAGGAAGAGAGGCACUCCGGAGAUUAGUGCGGAAUGGGAUUCACUGCACUUACAUUCUGAUUAGUGCUGUGUCUUAUAUUCUACCUGAGGUUUCUAAAGUGUUCCUGGGUGCACAUGCCCUCCUGGCGAAUGGCUAUGUAAUGUCACGUGUGGGGACAUCACAGAUCGCACUUUUGGCCAAAGCAUUCAAUGUCCCAGUCCUGGUGUGUUGUGAAACAUACAAGUUUUGUGAAAGAGUUCAGACGGAUUCAUUUGUAUCGAAUGAACUAGAUGACCCGGAUGAUCUUUUGAUGACUCGGAAUGGAAGCACUCCACUGAAGAGUUGGCACUCAAAUCCUAAACUGCACCUUCUUAACUUGGUAUAUGACGUCACACCACCUGACUUCGUUGAUUUGGUAAUCACAGACUUGGGAAUGAUCCCGUGUACCUCAGUUCCAGUUGUACUCCGUGUAAAGAAUGUGGAGUAGUGGAACAUUGUGAAACCAUCUGAUCAAUUGCUAUGGACCGUGAUGAUUGUGGCUACAGUGUUAAUCAAGUUUCACUGGCAUCUAUAAUAAAAAAAAAAGGUUCGUUCA